AUGAUGAAGCUUUUCGGGGCAUUUUUGAGCGUUGUUGCGGCUGGAAAAUGGGAAAUUCCAGAGACGUGGACUUAUUGCGAGGCAAGAGAACAAGUGAACCCUUUUUCGAGGUGGCUGAGCUCGGCGAGAAUCGUCGGUGGAGGAGAUGUCAAAAGAGACGCUUGGCCAUUCAUCGUGCGACUUCGCAUCGGAAGAAGCGGAGCAACCUGCGGAGGAUCUCUUCUUGACGGGAAACAUGUUUUGACUGCCGCGCACUGCUGCCACGGCGCUGCUCCCAAGGAUAUAAUCGCUCAUGUCAACGAUUAUAGUCGGAAAGUAGUUGACGAGGGCGAGAAAAUCCUGAAAGUGACAAAAAUUGUUGAGCAUCUGGGUUUCUCUUUCCGCCAUUUCCAAAACGACGUUUGCCUCCUGACUCUGGAAGAAGACGUGGCGGAAAUCAUCGAGCACAAGUACGCGUGCUUGCCGCCAGUUGAUUGGGAGUGGCCUGUCAUGUCCAAGUGCUACACUGCUGGCUGGGGAAUGGAUCACGAAUCCUUCGGAAAACAAGUCGACAUUUUGAACUCGGUCAAUGUCGAGAUCUUCGACGACAACUACUGCGUCAAGGAACAGGAUCAUCAUCCAGAAACGAUGAUUUGCGCCGGGGCCAUCGGUGGAGGUCGCGACGCUUGUCAAGGUGAUUCUGGAGGACCCUUAAUUUGCGAAAUCAAUGGAAACGCUGUUCUGGCCGGAGUGACAAGUUGGGGAAUCGGUUGUGCUCGCGCCGGAAAUCCAGGAGAAUGGGCCAAGGUUUCCAAUUUCAUCGACUGGAUCAAUGAUAAUAUCGGGCCGCUGCCCCCAACAUCGCCGCCAGAAACGACAAAGACAACGACAACAUCAACGACCACAACGACUACAACGACGACUACGACAAAAGAGAAUACAUCUCAACCUGAAAUCGCGUCGCUACAAACCUCGCCAAAGCCGCUAACUACCAGAACAACCCUUUUAUCUUCCCCGACGCCGAUUUCUCUGUCAAGCAAGCCUUCUCUCAAGCCCUGGGAAAAAGUAAGAGCUCGACGAUACUGCGCCGCUCCGGAAGGAUCGGAAGCGGGGCUCAUCAAUUGGACACAAGUUGCUUCUUUUGUCGGCGGAGACAAAGAGACGGACGCAGUUCUCAUCGGUUUGAACAAAUGCCAAAAAGAGCUGAAGGAGAAAGUGAUGGGCAAACCGAGCACCUCCAAUCCAGCCCGAGUCGAAGAACUGAUGAACAUCGCCAUCAAGCGACAAGUCUGCGUUCGCGCGAUUAAAAGGGGUCACUUCGACGCGCUCCCCUGCAAGGCAGAGUGUGAGGAAGUUUUGAAGGCAUUCAAGAGGAAAUCCGAGAUAAUUAAAGUGACUGGAAAAGAAAAGAAGAAACUCAAAGAUGCUUCGACAACUUUCAAGAUCCACUCGUUCUCUCAAAGCCAGCUGAGCUCUCGUCUCCACAACUGGCAAUCGGAUAAGCUGACGGAUAUCGGCACUGGAGUGAACUAUGAUUCGGACAUGGAUAUUUUUCGGGAGCAGUGUCGAAAGUUCUGGGCUUCGAUUGCCAAAGAUCGCGUCGAAAAGUGGGAUAAUGAUCACCAACCUUAUUUUGCUUCUCCGCGAAAUGAUUGGCCAUUUAUAAAUAAGAUAACGGCUGGUCUGCGUGGCGCUCAUGGAGCUCGAAUGGGCUUAUCGAACGACUCAUUGACGGAAAAACAGAAAACUAUAGCAACAUCAAACUCAUCGCUGAAAUCAAUGAAGAAAUUAUGCUUCAUCCUAGCUGCCAUAUUUCCAUGUUUCCGAAAAGGGAACUUUAUAAAAAUAUUUUUGAAAGAAAAGAUGUAUUUUGGCAUUAUAAAUAAGGAACAAGAAAAUUUCGGUUACCAUGGACUGAUUCAAUUCAAGCUGCACGAUUCUUUCAGACGGGAAACACAAGUUGGGGAGCAAUUUCAGUUUCAAUAA